UAUCGAUCUUGCGUGAAGACGAUAUUAAACUCUUUAUCAUUAAUAAAUAAAUAAAUAAAAUAAAAAUUAACGAGGCGCGUUUAUAUAAGGUUAAAUGCGUCAUUUCAUCAGCUUUAGUGGUUUGAGCACUAAACAGGGGUUUAAUGUAAAACCUCACCUUUUCAGACCUCCACUCCAACAAUGGCGAUUCAUCAAUGGCGUCGUACACUACCUUCUCGCUUCCACCUUACUCGUCUCCUCUCCUCUUCAACAACAACAACAACUUCAUCUUCAUCUUCCUCGCAUCGCCGCCGCGUCUUCGUAACCGGGUUAGGCAUGGUAACGCCUCUUGGUUGUGGAGUUGGAACAACUUGGAAGAGAUUAAUUGAAGGUGAUUGCGGAAUUCGAGCAUUAACUAUUAAGGAUCUUAGGUUGGAUAAUUUCGAUGUCGAAACGCAGAAUCAUGUUUUUGAUCAAUUAUCGUCUAAAGUUGCUGCUGUUGUUCCUUCUGGAACUGAUUCUGGCCAAUUCAACGACCUCUUUUGGUUCAAGGAGCACAGGUCAAUUUCGAGGUUUAUAGGAUAUGCACUAUGUGCUGCAGAUGAGGCCCUAAAAGAUGCAAAUUGGAUUCCGACGAAACAGGAUGAGAAAGAAAGAACUGGAGUAUCCAUCGGUGGUGGUAUUGGUAGCAUGAGUGAUAUUGUUGAUGCUGCUCAGCUGAUUUGUGAAAAGCGUCUUCGACGUCUCAGUCCAUUCUUUGUUCCUAGGAUAUUAAUCAAUAUGGCUUCAGGUCAUGUGAGCAUGAAGUAUGGAUUCCAGGGACCAAACCAUGCUGCAGUGACAGCUUGUGCAACUGGGGCGCAUUCCAUUGGAGAUGCUGCUCGUAUGAUUCUAUUUGGAGAUGCAGAUGUCAUGGUGGCUGGAGGAACAGAGGCCAGCAUAGAUGCCUUAUCCAUUGCAGGUUUUUGCAGGUUGAAAGCUUUGUCCACAAAGUACAAUUCUUCCCCUUGCGAAGCUUCUCGGCCUUUUGAUGUUGAACGUGAUGGAUUUGUAAUCGGUGAAGGUUGUGGUGUUGUAGUAUUGGAAGAACUUGAACAUGCUAAGGAACGCGGUGCAAAAAUUUAUGCGGAGCUUUGUGGCUAUGGGAUGUCAGGUGAUGCGUAUCACAUAACUCAACCUCAUAAUGAUGGAAGAGGUGCCAUCCUGGCUAUGACAAGUGCUUUAAAACAGUCAGGUCUUCAUUCUAACCAAGUGGAUUAUGUGAAUGCUCAUGCUACAUCAACACCUUUAGGUGAUGCCAUAGAAGCUGCUGCACUCAAAGUAACAUUUGGUGAGCAUGCAAAGUCUGGUGCUUUAGCAUUCUCUUCUACAAAGGGUGCAAUUGGACACCUUUUAGGCGCAGCCGGAGCUGUGGAGGCUAUAUUCAGUGUCUUGGCUAUUCAUCAUGGAGUUGCGCCAUUGACUCUCAAUCUUUCCCAGCCAGACCUCGUAUUUUCUGAUGCCUUCAUGCCAUUGACUGCAUCAAAACAAAUGAAUAUUACUGCAGCUAUGUCAAAUUCAUUUGGCUUUGGAGGAACAAAUACAUCUUUGUUGUUUACCAAAGUGUCUUGAGAAUUUGACAAUGCUUUUCAAGUUACAGUUUUCUUGUUUUGGAUUACAACCUCAUGUCAGGAGUGGUUAAUCUUGUAUCGUUUAGAAAGUUUUGAAAAUUGAGAUGUAGCUUAAGAACAAUACUGGCAUGUUGUAAUUGUAUACUGUAUAUUUCAGUAAGUUUAUUUUCUUCACUUUGUUUUUA